UGGUGAACAGACCGCUAGCCAUCCCUGGUGAGCGGCGCCCCCUCCUGUCACAUCCCUCGCAGAGGAGCCUGGUAGAGGGGCGGGGCCGCUGGCAGCACGUGGGACGCACGGUCAGGUGGCGUCACUACCCGAAAGCUGCGCCUGCGCAGUGUGAACCGCCGUGGCCCCGCCCCCCGGUGAUUCCCUGUGUGUUCGGUACAGCGCCGGCCGCCAUGUUACUCACCGUGUACUGCGUCCGCCGCGAUCUCUCCGAGAUUACCUUCUCCCUGGACGUGGACCCGGACUUCGAGCUGGAGAACUUCCGCGCGCUGUGCGAGUUGGAGAGCGGGAUCCCGGCCGCCGAGUCUCUGAUCAUAUACGCAGAGAGGCCGCUCACAGACAACCAGCGAUCACUGUCGUCCUAUGGGUUAAAAGAUGGCGAUGUGGUGGUCUUGCGACAGAAAGAUCCUACAGAGGCGCGGCCCGCGGCACAGUUCCCAGGUCUACCCAGAAUAGACUUCAGUAGUAUUGCAGUUCCGGGAACCUCCAGAGAGACGGCUUCUCCCCAGCCGGCCGCAGCGGCGCCAGAUUCCACGUCUUUUCCUCAGGGGCUGGAUAACCCCGCUCUGCUGAGGGAUAUGCUGCUGACCAAUCCCCACGAGCUAUCCCUGCUGAAAGAGCGCAAUCCACCCCUGGCGGAGGCGUUGCUGAGCGGAGAUCUGGAGAAAUUCACCAAGGUCCUCCAGGAGCAACAGCAGGAAAGAGCCAAGCGGGAGCAGGAGCGGAUACGCCUAUUCUCCGCUGACCCUUUCGACCUAGAUGCGCAGGCUAAGAUAGAGGAAGACAUAAGGCAGCAGAACAUUGAGGAGAACAUGACGAUAGCCAUGGAAGAGGCUCCGGAGAGCUUUGGCCAGGUGGUGAUGCUGUAUAUUAAUUGCAAAGUGAAUGGUUACCCAGUAAAGGCGUUCGUGGACUCAGGCGCCCAGAUGACCAUAAUGAGCCAGGCCUGUGCUGAGCGAUGUCACAUCAUGAGAUUAGUGGACAGAAGAUGGGCUGGAAUAGCUAAGGGGGUCGGCACGCAGAAGAUCAUUGGCAGAGUGCACCUGGCUCAGGUACAGAUUGAAGGGGAUUUCCUGCCUUGUUCCUUCUCCAUCUUGGAGGAGCAGCCAAUGGACAUGCUGCUGGGCCUGGACAUGUUAAAGAGACACCAGUGCUCCAUAGACCUAGAGAAGAAUGUCUUAGUGAUUGGCACGACGGGCACCCGUACCAGCUUCCUGCCUGAGGGCGAGCUUCCGGAGUGUGCCCGACUGGCGUACGGCCCAGGGCGGGAGGAUAUGCGCCCGGAGGAGAUCGCAGACAGGGAAUUAGCGGAAGUAUUGCAGAAAUCUGCUGAGGAAGCAGACAAGGAAACUACCUCAGUGGAAGGUCCGUCUCUGGUGCCACUGACGGAUGGACUUCACCAACCCGUCCGCGCUUCAGGCAUCGCUUCAAUGCCCCCUGCUCAUUCAAUCACCACCCAGACAAGUGACUGCUCACACCCACCCACUGUGACCGAGAGCAGCGAGCCGCCAAUGAACUUGCCCAAAGUGGGUGCUGUCUGCGAUGGCGACCAGGGCCUUCCCGCUGGGGGCGCUUUCCAGCCUCCUCCGCUAGGACAUUCCGUUGCUGAAGGCAUAAAUGCAGAUUCUCAGUUAUCUUGUGAUACGGGUACAGGGCCGCAGCUGGCUCUGGAGGACAAACUUGAAGUUAGCUCCGCACCAGACCUUCUAAAAGAUCAGAAAGUGCAUGAGUCCAAUAGUAAGGGCUCCGACUCCUAUUUCCCAACAGCCACCCCUCCUGAGGACUCUAGUGGGGCGCCCCACGCAGAUGGCCUGCCUUGCUCUGCUCUGUCUACAUCGGUCAAGGAUUCGGACAACGGAAAGGAGAAGCUGUCUCUCAGUCACCGCACUGAGGACUCCACAGAGCAGAUUCCUAACGCUGCCCUCGGCAGUGAGCGCUGCGCACGCACUUUUACCGAUGUUACGCUUGCCGAGUUGACUGAACUGCAUGGAAGUGGCCAAAGUGCAGACACCCGGCCCUUUUCCUCAAACAACAUGAACGUGGAUGUUGUGCCUGAAGAAGUGGACAGUACGACCAAUCACAUCAGCCCAAACCCGGGAAGCGUCGCCGGACAAGAUGUGCAGGAAAGCUGCUUCUCUUUGGCCACUGCCCUGAAAGAGCUUCAUAAGUUAUUGGUCGCCAGUGGCCAGGGCCCGUCUACGACAGGAGCAGACGCGAAACCAUUUCCAGAACCUAAUACAGCAAAUGUCAAUCAGGGCGAUAAUUGUCUUUCUGUCCGAGAGGCUGAAUCUGAUGACUCUUUCUACGAGAUAUGCAAUGAGACUUCUCUGUGCGAUGAGACCAUUUGUGUAAUGGACCCUGAAGACUCGAUGUGUGCAGAGGCCUCUCCCGGUGGGGGGGAACGUUCCGCUGAGCCAUCUACUGGGAUGGGAUCUCCCACCGUACAAGGCGAGUGCCCUGAGUUUAGCGUUUCCCCUGGUGAAGUACUGCCGAGCCCACCUUUACCCCUGGGCGGUGUGCAUGAUGGUAGACCACCAGUGCUGAGCAAUGAUCCUGCUGAACUUGUCGGUGAGCAGACCUCCUCUACCCUGCCUACGUUUGCCCCCUUAUCCUCCUCAGCCGCAGUUGAGCGGCUUGUCCAUGCAGGGUUCGCGUUGCCGGACGCUCUCCUAGCGCUGGAUCGGGCAGAGGGGAACGUCGAGCUGGCGUUGCUCGCUUUACUUGCUAAAAAUAUUAUAGUCCCCACAUAACUUAUUUCCUCAGCGGGACGGUGAGAAGCGGAGGUCCGACCUGUCUGGUUUUAGCGUGUGUCCUUCUUGUUGUGGUGGAGCUGUUCUCUCCGCCUUUGCAGAUUGCACGGAGAUCGCAUCCCGGCCUUCACGCCCGUCAGCCUGGUCCGUGCUGGUUGGAACCGGCCCUCCUGCUGGGCAAAUCUAGUCCCUGCACUGGUUGCCCCCGAAUGACCUCCUGUGGGCAAAAAGUUGAGACUUGACUCAUUCUCAAACCAUCGCUGGCGCAGUCUGAAAUGGCGGCCUGUAGUGCGCGGUUCCCAAAAGCCAUGAACGUAGUUCUGUUUGUUUUUAAGGUAGGGAAAGGAUGUCUGUGCGCUAUAGUCCGCCUGCUUUUGUUUAAAAGAAACCUGUGAUUAUUCAAGAGCCAUAGACAAUGCCAUUUUCUAUUUCCUCACUUAAUUUUUAAUGUUUUUUUUUUAUUUUUUUAAGUACCCCCCCCCUCCCCCCCAAAUAAAAGUUUAUCCCAAGUGCAGUGACCCCUGCUGGUGACAUGGGGUGUUGCAGCCACAUAGGUGUGUUUGGCGAUCGCACAUCAGCCUUUGUACAAACCAAACACCGCUCCCCAAUAUCUCCUUUCUUACCGCUAGGCCGGUACGGCUGUGAUUCAUUACGGGAUCUGCCGCAUAACGUAGAGGGCGCUCAGCUCGUGUUUGCUGCACAGUGAUAAUGAUACACUGCGGAGGGAGAAGGGGCCUAAGGGGAAAAGUGUGAUCAAGAGGUAGAAGAAUACUAUUAAGUUAUUUAACACUAAAUAUAUAUAUUUUUGUUUUUUAACAAAAACACCAACUUCCUCCCUGCAUUAGCUGCAAGUUCCCCUAUGUGAGGAAGCUACUAACAUUCACAGAAAAAUAUAUAUAUGUAUGUAGAAGUUUCCAUACAGAUGGAGCCAUGUUUAUCUUGGCCUUUAAUAGGUUUGACUGAGCCAUGUCAGUCAGAUUUAAUCCCCUGGUGUAAUGACUUAAUCCCCUGAUGUAUUGUUCUCUCUGUAUUGUAUUGCAGCUGAGAACAAUAGAUGAAAGGCUUAUGCUCUGUUAUACUGACUGAGGAGUCGGUGACUGCUGACCUGGAGGCUGCUCUGUGUAGCUAUACUUCUUUCCCAGGCCUCUGAUAGCAUAUAUUCUGUAUAUCUGUGAAUGGUAUUAGUGCCUUUUAUAUGUGAGUUUUAGGGUGAGGGGCCUCAGCAGUAGCCGAUUGUGGUUUACAAGCGUCACUCGCCAGCGUCGUCCUGGGCCCUUAAUGCGCACUGGCGAGAGCUGGACAUUGUGUGCCCUGGAUCACUCCCGGCGUUCUCGCUGUGCGCUGCAUGAUUGGAAGAUGUCACUCGCAGGCUGAAUGCAGCAGUCUUCCAGCUACGUUGUCCUACUCACCGGCUCCUGAUGCGAUCAGUUGGAAGCUGGGAUGCCAUUUGUCUUUUAUUACCUAAUGCGGGUGUCUGAGACCUUAACUCUGACCCCGCCACCUGCUGACAUGUGGGCGUAGCAUGGUCCCGUAUCAGUCAGAAGAGAGAUGUUUGGAAACUGCUCAUUUGCUUUUCCCCCCAUUAUCUCAGUAAUGCUGUUCCUGUUUAGCCCCCGGUACCCCAUGCAGUGUGUACAGUAGGGAUCUGGCUCCUCCGUUACCUGAUCCACUGCUUGCCAACAGAGCUUACUGCUUUCCAUGCCUGGCGGCCAAACUUGUUGGAAGCAACCUGAUGCUUCUUUCUCUGCAGACGUACUCAGGGCAGGGCUUGACGUGAGCUAGUAACGUGUGUGAUCCUAUCCUAUUACAUGACCUGUGUGAUGAGGGAAGCAUUUAUCUGCUGCACCAGUCUCCCUGCUGCACUAUAACUGCAGUUCCACAUAUCAAAGCAUUAAUGGCAGAAAACUUUCCCUCUGUCUCCAUGUCCCUAACCUUCCACCAUUAAUCAACGUUUGCUUUAACUUGAAUCUUGUGUUAUCCGCCUGAGGGUUCCAAUAAUGAGCUGGGUGGGCACGGUGGUCAGUACUGUCAGCAAUGAAUGCCAUCCAAUGAAUGUACUCUGUGAAGUCUGUGUGAUGUUAUCGCCUAUUUACUCCCACCUUAUUUGUAGAUGUUAAUAGUCUUCUCCCAGGUUCCUCCAUAAGUUACUCUACAUUUGUGCCCCCCCAGACACCGCCUGGCGUCACUAUUACUUCUGUGUCGGCGCUGGGAGCAGAAUGUCAGGCGGGCUGUUAAUUCUGGACCCUGCAGAGAUCUAUAAUAGCUGGUGCGAUCACUUUUAUUCCUUAUGGGCCGUACGUUCCCAGAGGGAGAGGGCUGUGUAUCUUGCUGUGCAUGUACCCCUGCAAUAUAUUACCCCAGGCUCCGGAUUGUGCCGAUGACGUGUCUCUGAUGGGAAGGUCGGCAGCACCGGAGACGCUGGCUGUUUUGUGCCUUUUCUCAUUGCUGGUUCCUCUUAGAACUUUUUGGGUUUCUCUAUGGGAGGGCUGUGAGUCAAACUGGAUGUUGCAGGGCUGUGUCCUUAAUAAAGAUGUUUUUUCUGA